AUCGCUGAUUGUUUGGAAAAAAACUUUUAAGUUCAGCGUCGGUAGCUCAAUCAGUAAGAAAACAACUUACGACCACAAACCCACAGUCAGGUUUAUGCCAUGCCCAAGAAGUUUGUGGGUGAGAACAGUAAAUCAGCAGCAGCUCGUGCCCGUAAGACAGCUGCUAAAGAACUUGAAGACACUCGACGGCAACAGCAACUUGAAGAUCAGUACUGGCAAGAUGAUGACAAGCAUGCAACCAGAAAACAGCAGAGGAAAGAAUCACAAGUUAAGAAAAAACAAGAGCUUCUUGAGAAAAAGGCUGAGUCAAAAGCUUUGCUUGAGGAAGAGCUGAAAUCUAUACAAACAACUGGAAAACAACCACUGGCUAAAAUUACACAAGCUCAGAUUCAGGCAGAGGCAGAAAAACGAAGACUGAGCACUACGAAGGUGAAGGAGCCUGUGACUCACAUUGAGAAGCCUCUGGAGGAAAAUAUCAACAGGCUGCAAGUAGAAGGGGAACAGGCACGAUCUAUAGAAGAGGCAAUAGCAGUGCUAAGCAUGAAAGAUCCGGAGGUCGACCGGCAUCCAGAGAAGAGGCUGAAAGCUGCAUUUACAGCAUUUGAAGAAAAUAAUAUGCCUCGAAUCAAGUCGGAAAACCCGACUUUA